AUGGCUUCUAAAGUUGGGACUCCCUCCAAAGCUCCAAAGAUUAAGAAAUCCCUUAUUGCUGAUGAUGUUACUUUUUCUCCAUGCAACUUUGUGGCCUUGUUGGAUCACAAUGAAAAGUAUCCGAAUUUCUUCAUCAUAAUCGAAUUUCUUCGUAAGUGCCCUCUUUUCAAAGCUCUUACGUUUUCUCCUAAGAUGAGUAAAUCUUUGCUUCUUGCAUUUUGGGCUACAUGUAUCUAUGAUGCUUCCACUAAAUCUGUGCAUGCCUCUGUCUUGUCUCCCAAUGAUAUAUCUUUUACUGCUGAUGAUUUAAGAAGGGUGUUAGAGCUUCCCACUUAUUCCUCUUAUGAUGAGCUUAUAUCUGUUGAUAACCUUCAUAUUGUUGCUACCACAAUGGGCUAUGUGACAUCUGCUUUACUCCCCCCUAGCUCAUCAGUGCCCUCUCAACAGGACACUGUUGUACAUACGGGGAACCCACUUGACUCCACCUUGGCAUCUCUAUAUGACUUUGGUGAUGACUCGGACUCCUCCCCUUUCCGAGGUCCCUCUUCUCCUCCACUUAUUCACGGCCUAUCACCCAAGAUCGAUGAUCUUGAUGAUAUAGCACGGAUGGAUGAUUUAUCAGCCUUGUCUGAUACUGACAUCCCUUAUCUCCAGUUUAUUCUUAUGGAUGUAGAUAGUAAGCCUUACCUGCCUACUACAUCUACUACUGUGGUAAUCGGCGACCCGCCUCACGCAGGCGUCGAUGAUACAGACACCGAGCCUCUCGCCGGUGUUGGUGAUAUAGACACUGAGCCUCUCGCCAGUGUUGCUGAUACAGAUACCGAGCCUCACGCUGAUAUCGUUGAUACAGAUGUUGAGCCUCACGCCAACAUCAGUGAUACUCCCAUCGGUGACUCUCAGGGCGCCGAUGGUACUGAGAGUGUUGGUGUUUCUUCACCAGUUGGGUCAGCAAGCCCAAUCAAAGCUUGCUCUCCUACUCCAGCUGCUGCUUCUCCAUCAAGGCCCCCCUCUGCACCAGGCUUCCAGUUCUCAGCUCCUUCUCCUCCUGAGAUGAUUUAUGCCUUACCCACUGAAGUGGUGGACAUGUUGAGAGGCUUCACCUCUCAAUGUCAGUUGCUCAUCUCUCAACAGGCCACCCUCGACACGGAUUUAUCUGGGAAGUUGGACUGUGUUACCUCUGAACUGCAUCACCACAGUGCCGCCUUGACAGCUCAUGGCACUGCCUUCUCUACUCUUCAAGCUACGGUUGAUUCUUUGGAUGCUCGUAUGGCAGCUAUAUCUGAUUCUCAAUCCAGUAUAUCUGAUGCUGUCGCUGAUCUUCGUGCUCAGUUGGAUAGUCAGGCUGCCAUUAAUGAGGCAAUUCUUCAAUCCCUGGCUGAUCUUCACUCCAAGAUGGAUGCCCAGACUCAGAUAUCCAAAUUGUUCUUAGCCAGAGAUACAGAGUUCACUGUUGACUUGGGUCCUACUCAGUUCACGGAAGAGGACAGAGUCAUGUUAGCCAAACUCAGUCGCCGUGUUGAGUCUGAUUAUGAUCUUCUUGGCGGUCUUCAUCGCGGUGUCUCACGUCUGCUUCGUGCCACAUGUGCUCCUUAUCCUCGUGCUACUGCUUAUGUGCCUUCCCCACCUGCCGACGUGGAGGGUCCUUCUGAAGCUGCUGCUGGGCCUUCCCCUGUUACCACUAAGGGGGAGAAGACAGUUGAUCCUGCUACCAGUGUCAACGGGGAUGACGACUCUUCUUCUACUUCUUCUACUUCUUCAUCCUCAACCGAGUCAGAUGUAUCUGUUGAGGUUGGUACUAUCCCUUCUCAAGAUGAUGUUCUCACUACUUCUGGGGACUUAGUCCCAACUCAUAGAGAAGGAAAGGCACCGAUGACCACAGAUGAAGAAGCUGCUGCAGCUAAAGCAGCUAAAUCUGCUAGACAUCAAUCUGAAGUCCCUGCAGCCGACAGACUUGUGCUUAAAGCUUCACUUCCUCAAGAAACUGAUCUUCAGCUCCUAGGUAUUUCUUCUGAGGAUGCGGCCAACUCAAUUGCUCUUUAA